UAAAAAUCACCUUUUUGGAGACUUUCCCCAUGCUGUCACUGUGAUGCUGUGAGUCAUCAUAACCUCACAAAAUGUUGAUAAGAGUGUUUAGUGCGACAAUUAGAGCUAUUGAAAAUGCAAUUUUUCCACAAUUUCCUCGGCAGUUUCCUGGCCUUGCAGUAGCUGGUUUCGAUGAUCGUUUCCAGCCGAAGAUUGGUGCCUGGGAAUCCUUGAAAAACACCCUCGAGGAUGCCAUCCUCUGGGCUGUUCCGAAGCAUCGACGCACUAUUGAGCGGCGCCUUAAGAGAAAAUUCGGCAGUCCUCAGUAUAAAAUGAAGACCCUGCAGCCAAAGCAUAACCUCAAGAUUUGCAUCACCUGUGGACAUCAUCAUGAAGUGGGAGUACUCUGUCCACACUGCUACAGCCGCGUCAAAGCUGAAACUGAGGCAAUGCAGGAAGAGAUCCAGAAAGAACUCGGCCUGCAGCCCAUCGACAAAGAUGUCAUCGUCCUCUACGAAGGAGAAAAGCUCCAGGGAGCUCCAGAAACAUGGCAAGGAAAACGUAUUGUUGAACUAAAACGCCCAAGGCCAGCAUGGUUCAGCAAGAAUCUCCUGGAGAAAACCACCCAGCCUCCAGCUACAACAAAAGAAGUCAAGCCAACUGAUCUUGGUUAAUCCCCAAUUAAAGUCCAGUCUCUCCUCUAUUGUAGUUUAUUAUACUGAUAAAAUUCUUCAGGAAUUGGUAUCUGAAGGGUGUUUUUUUCUUGAACACUAUUUACAAUAAAAAUCUGUAGUCUCUUGAAUAAAAAAAAAGAAAUACCUCCA